AUGGGAAUAGCUAGUAAGGUUGGGGAUUAUGCUUUCAAGGCGUUCACGGCAACUCUCGGCGUCGCCACCAUUUACCUCACCGCCACUUUCUCCGCUAACGUUUACAAAGGCCUUGCUUGGCAUAACGCUCAAUCCAAGCUUGCUAAGGAAGAUGUUGACGAGUAG